AUGACCAAUCCAACAUCCAAGACCACGACUGAUCAAGACGCAUCUAAAAAGGAAGAAGCGUCCAACAUUGACUUGGUUCACAAGGCACAUGGCCAGUUGGGCGCGUUGGAAGAUGAUGACGAGUUUGAAGAAUUUGAAGCUGAAGAAUGGGAGGAAACCAACAAUGAAGACCAAAAUGAUGAUAGUUUAUGGGAUGAUAAUUGGGAUGACGACGAUGUUGAGGAGGAUUUCUACAAGAUCGUUCAAGCUGAAUCCAGCCAAAAUGCCACAGCAGAAUCACAAUCAAUGGCAUUGUAA